AAAUUUUACUAAUGAGAAGUCUGUUCUCUUUGCUGCGUCUCUUGCACGCAGCAAGGGCAUUGGAGAUAGACCAGCUUAAAAGAGGCCGAGAGGAAAAAUAAAAACCUGAGAUAAAUAUGUCGAACACCAUUGCACUUUCCGCAUGUUCGUAACAUUGGGUUCUGUAUUUAAUUUGUGCGUAAGGUAAUAAAAAUAUAUCACGGCUGGCUGAAUUACGAAAAAUCGAUUAUUUAUGGUGAAUUUUAAAAAAAAGGCUGAUUGCAGUUGAUCGGACAAAUUAUGCGUCUUCAUAACACUGAUACACGUAUGAUAUGCAUUAGGAAACAUAAUGUAGAACUGCUCCUAAACGUCAUAAGAUGAGAUAUGGUUGUAAACUCGUAGGUGCUGAAGUUUUUUUUUACACAUUAUCAUCUUUGGCCUCAAUUAAUUGACAUUGAAAGUCAUCAAAAUGAAAAGUUAUCAACCAGUGUUAAAAAGGGGCGUGCUUUGUAAUCAACAUAAUUGAUUUCUUUCUCGCUGUUCACUUUAAAAGAAAUUCACCGAUAUAGCACAAUGAUGCUCCGAUCAGUCAACUUUUGCUCUUCAAUAUGUGUGUGAUGGGUCUAAAGUAUGGGAAAAUCGGAAUAUUGCUGAGCCUUCGUGCACACACAAUAUUGGGAUACCUUACGCUCAUCGCACGAUUCCAAAAACAUGAUUGCUUGCCAAGGGGAAGCAAUCCAAAAUUUCAAGCCCAUCCAAUCAGUAAGCGUGCACUAUUUCUCCAGACAAAUGAAUUCGAUCAAAUAAAAAAAUUCACGAUUUUGUGCAAUGGAACAAGACUUGAGGACGUAUUGGAUUCUAAAUCAAGCAAACCGGAGAGGCCGUUAAACAACGCAUCAUUCUCGAUGAAUUUAGUGAGAGAAGAUUUUAUUGAGUUUGAAAAGACGAUGAACUCGGAGCUCAAGACAAUGUACAACACGAAAGACCAUCCAUGCGACUGGAACAACCUGAACUCGUUCAAAGUUUUCAUGGGCCUGUCAUUCUGCCCGAUGGACGAUUUUUGGGACAUAUUUUGGAACCAGGACACGCCAAAAGGGCCAAUCUGUCAUCUGCUGGUUCCAAAGAGUGAUAAUUUGGUCGACAAAACUGGUUUCGUUUUGAACUAUGGGCUGUGUGACACGGAAACAGGAAUGCAAAAAAUGGCUGAAAGAGAAAUAGAGAGAAUGGUUUUCAAAGAUUUAGGUUCUGACUUGCAACAAAAGGCACCCUCUGUUCGGCGCUUUUAUCGGAUUUACAUAGCAUUUCAUGGUCCUAAAGGAGUUGUAAAAUACUUUGGCCCUACUGAAUUGCAUCCAGGGGGCUAGUCUAAUAUCAUCUCAAACAGUACAUCACAAGAAAAAAAAAUCAGUAUAAAAUUUAAAUAAAAACAUUUAAUGUAAGUUCAUCUCCAUUUUUUAAUCCAUAAUUUUGGCUAAACCUCAUAACCAAAUGACGUAAAAGGCUACUACCAAAAAAUGCUUUGCAUCGACACAUUAAAAAAUCUUUGUCAAUUAUUUUAACAAGCCAGCAGCAAGAAAUUGACGUUGCAUUUUUAUUUCAAUCGUUAACUAAGGACAUAUCAAUUAAUAUUUAAAAAAAAAAAAAAAAAAAAAAAAAAAAAAAAAAA